CCUCUAGUGACGUGGGCGGAGGAAGCUAUGACGCCGAGGAGCUAGUUGGCUUUGAUUAAUUUUUGAUUUGAUCAAAUAAAUAAGCUCAUAUUACGCCGAAAACACACCACGGGGAGCCGGAAAGUUUGUGUCGCCAUGUCAGGCCCCGAAGGAAGGAUGAUGUUCCACCUGGAAAACAUCAUUUAAACUCUAAAACAAAACGACACCCGAUGAAAAUCAACUGCAACGUUACGGAAGCCGGCAUGGAAGACAAGGCAAAUGGUUCUGUCAACGCCAAAAGUGUUCACAGCCCAGUGGAGAACGGUCAGCUUCCAGACCCAGCCAACUGGGCGGUUGCUGACGUGGUCAAUUACUUUAAAGCGACAGGCUUCGAGGAGCAAGCCACGGCGUUCCAAGAUCAGGAAAUCGAUGGCAAGUCGCUCCUCCUGAUGACGCGUAAUGACGUCCUGACGGGCCUGUCCAUAAAGUUGGGCCCGGCGCUGAAGAUCUACGAGUAUCACGUGAAGCCGCUGCAAACCCAGCACCUGAAGAGCAACGCCUGUUAGCAGCUGGCCGCCCCACACCUCAGUGACAAUCGACAAUUCCAGAAGCAGUUGACAAAGACUUCUACGGCACCUUAAACACCAUCACUUGGAAUACCUUAUAAAGGCCUGGACACCAAACACACUCAGAUGGUCCCCCAGCAGGCACUAAACCUUAAAACAACGUUGAGAACUUGUUGAAUUAGGUUCUGACCUUGAGCAACUCAAACCUAACGUUGAAACAACAUGCUUUUAAUCAAUGUCAGGUUGUGACCUUUAUUUGACAUUGAAUUUUAGUCAUUUCCUAACCAACAAUGUGGAUCCAACAUUGGACAUCAGCAUACAGCUUUUUUGCAACGUUGUUUUAAAAUCAGUUUUAAAGGACAAGUACGUAUAAUCAACGUUGUUUCAAUGUCCCAUGGCUGCUGGGAAUACUUUUCAGCUGUUCUUACUUCUGCUGAUUUCAGUAUUUUUAUUUUAUUUUUAUUCUUCACCUUUUAUUUAAGACAAAAAACGUGUUAGGAAUCAGAAGUGUGAGUGUUUGUGGUUUUAAAAGGGGUAUAGACAUAAGAAGAUAUAUAUAAUUGAUGUAUGGUGGCAAACACCAUACCUGUUGGUUAUGAGGACACAAUGCACUAUAAAAUAGUGAGUCUCUUUGAUCUUGAAGAGGAAUUCCCAUGGAAAUGUAAAGAUGUGUGUAACUAUGAUGUCUCUACCUGUGGUGCUUCAACAUGCUGGCAAAAACAACUAAUAGUGUGAAUGGGCUUAAUGUUUGUCUUUGUUAUGACAGCAUUUUUGAGCACCGAAUUUAUAUACCGUUUGAAUUUUGCAAACUGAAUUUUUAUGCUUCAAAUUAUGCUGACAAUUUCAUUGACUUAUAAUUUGUGAGCACAAUGUGUGUGUGAAAAUUGAGUGCAAAUACAUUUGGUGUAUAAAAUCUCCGUGCAGAAAUAUUUGUUGCUUCCAAAGCCGAGGUUUCCUGCCGGUAGAUGAAGGCUGAUGCAAUCGACCCUGUCUCACAAUUAGACAGUGAAGUGAGUUUUGAAGCAAGAAACGGUUCUGCAAGGAUUUUUAAUUUUUAAUUUUACACUGAAUCGAUUUGCACUGAAUCUUAAACACAGUAUUUUAACAAAUUGAAACUUUUCAACCUAAAAUUAUACUCAUAUCUUUUUCAAUGAAAUAGUCUGCAUUAUUUAUGUGAAAAAAUCAACUUAAAGGCAAAAAAAGCUUCUGAAAUGAAGCCACAAAUGAGCCUGUGUGUGAACUGUGUGCAACACUGGACUUGGAAUAUUUCAAUCAACGACUCGCAAUAAACGGUGCUCCUUUCUCACCAAAGAACAAC